AUGAGGUUUUCAUCGGUAUUAUUGUCACUUUUGAUAGGUUCCGCCAGCGCUGAAGAAUAUUUGAUAAGAUUCAAGAGCCCUGAUGGGUUCCAAUUUUUCAUGAAUUCUGCCAAAGAUCACACAAAAAAUUUUAAGGAGUUUUUCCACAACAAAAUUUCACAUACUUUCUCAUUUGGAUCAUUUAGAGGUAUUACAGUUGAUAUCUCCCAAGAUGUAGUGGAAAAAAUUCGCAAUAAUCCACUUGUGGCUGACUUAGUUCCUAAUAUUCAAUUCAAGGCAUUUGAUGAUGUGCUAGGUGUACAGGAACUCCAACAAAAUUAUCAUGGCGAUAAUCUUGAUGAUGAAGACGGGUUUAAUCCCUUCAAGGUUAAAGUGCAAGGGGAAGCGCCGCGCCAUCUCGCACGGCUGUCAAGAAGAGCGCCAUUACCUUACGAAUUCGAUGAUGAAUUAAGAUACGAAGAGAGUUUCAAUUAUUACUAUUAUAAAUGGCACAAGGGUAGAAAUAUCAAUGCAUAUAUUAUUGAUACUGGAAUCUAUAAAGAACAUAAGGACUUCUGUGGACGUGCCAUAUUCGGCCGAGACUUUACAGGGGAAGGUCCUGGUGAUCGUAAUGGACAUGGAACUCACGUUGCUGGCAUUGUGGGAUCGAGCAACUUUGGUGUUGCUAAAAAGGUGAAUUUAAUUGAGGUUAAAGCUUUGAACAAUAGAGGCCAAGGCAAUUUAACAACAGUAAUUAGCGCUGUUGAAUUUGCCGUGAAUCAUUGUAAAUCAUCGGGCAAAAAGGGUUGCGUUGCCAAUCUUUCAUUGGGUGCCGUCAGAAACAGUGUAAUAAAUCAAGCAAUUAAAGCUGCUCAUGAAGCAGGCCUCAUUAUUGUAGUUGCAGCAGGUAAUUCUAAUAUUAAUGCAUGUUGGAAUAGCCCUGCCUCUGCACCUGAGGCUAUUACUGUAGGCGCCUUUGAUGAUCGUACAGAUACAAUUGCAAAAUUUAGUAAUUGGGGUCCAUGUGUUGAUAUUUUUGCAUCAGGCGUCAAAGUUAAAUCAUUGUCUGCAUUCCCACCUCAUAAACCAAUUGCAUUUUCAGGUACUUCGAUGGCUUCACCAAGUGUUACUGGACUUGUUGCUAUAUUAUUGGAUAAAGGCGUUGAACCAGAAAAUAUUAAGGCUAAGCUUGUGGAAUUAGCUACUCAUGACCUUCUACAAAGGCGUACAUUGUUUUUCAAACCUGGUACACCAAAUAGAAUUGCAUUUAAUGGUAUGGAAAGAGAAGAUGAUGAAUAUGAUGAUGCUGUCUAUCCAAUUGUCGAUUUGGAAUCAUUAGUACAAGAGUUACAAAAUUAUCAACCACCUCCAUUAGAAGUUAAUAAUAAAGAUGGCAAAUUUGAUAUCAUCAAUUUUAAAGAUGAUUCACCGUUACCAAUGGGUACGAUCGAUUUGACAAAGAGGAAGAUUCUAUCACCUGGAGAAGAAAAUUAA